CAGCUUAAAAGAAUACAAGAAAUGAACAAAAAUCCUCUCGGGUCACUGGCUGGUUCUCAUACUUUUCUUUUUCUUUUGGCACUUCCCUUUUAAGAACCGGUUACACACCCUGCUGCUGCUCCUUGGCAGCUCCAAUGUGAAUCAACCCACCGCCGCCUUGCCCCUACAGAGCACUAAAAAUCACUCCUUUAUCCAAAUCGAGACUCCCCCAUCUCUCACCUUAAUGACCAAUCUUGAAACCCGGAAAUGUUGCAACCCAUAACCAAAGUUGCAAUCUUUUCGCUCUUCUUGGUGCUCUCGUCCUCGCCCCCGGUCACGGAAUCCGCCAUUGGAGUGAACUGGGGCACCAUCUCCUUCCACAGGCUGAGGCCAUCCACGGUGGUGGAUCUCUUGCAGCAGAACAAGGUACAGAAGGUGAAGCUGUUCGAUGCGGACCCAGGUGCGCUCAGGGCUCUUGAAGGGAGUGGGAUUGAGGUGAUGGUGGGGAUACCCAAUGAGAUGCUGGCCGUGUUGGGCUCUUCGAGUGUUGCCUCUGAUCUCUGGGUUCGCCAGAAUGUGUCUAGCUUUGUGGGUAAAGGCGGUGUUGCCAUCAGGUAUGUCGCGGUAGGCAAUGAGCCCUUCCUCUCAAGCUAUGCGGGUCAAUUUCAGAACUAUGUUAUGCCAGCCCUGCUCAAUCUACAACAGUCAUUGGCCAAAGCAAAUCUUGCUGGCUACGUCAAGCUAGUGGUCCCUUGCAAUGCCGAUGCAUAUGAAGCGGACCUUCCUUCUCAAGGGGCAUUUCGUCCUGAACUUACACAAAUCUUGACGCAACUCGUCUCUUUCCUGAAUUCGAAUGGUUCCCCUUUCGUAGUGAACAUUUAUCCGUUCCUAAGCCUGUAUGGGAGCUCGGAUUUUCCUCAAGACUAUGCAUUUUUUGAGGGAACUACUCAUGCUGUGACAGAUGGGGCCAAUGUAUACACUAAUGCAUUCGAUGGGAAUUUUGACACGCUAGUUGCAGCACUUACUAAAUUAGGUUAUGGACAGAUGCCCAUAGUCAUUGGGGAGGUGGGUUGGCCAACGGACGGAGCUUUGAGUGCGAAUCUCACCGCUGCUCGGGCAUUUAAUCAAGGCCUUAUUAAUCAUGUACUUAGCAACAGUGGAACUCCGUUGAGACCUGGAGUCCCUCCAAUGGAUGUGUAUCUUUUCAGUCUAGUCGACGAAGGUGCCAAGAGUGUGCUUCCAGGAAACUUUGAGAGGCACUGGGGAAUUUUCUCUUUUGAUGGCCAGGCUAAAUAUGCCUUGAACCUCCGUAUGGGCAACAGGUUGCUAAAAAAUGCGAGGAGCGUGCAAUAUCUCCCGUCUAGGUGGUGCGUGGCUGACCCAUCAAAGGAUCUCUCCACCGUUGCGAAUCACAUGAAGCUUGCUUGUAGUAUUGCGGAUUGCACUACGCUCAACUACGGUGGAUCAUGCAAUGGUAUUGGAGCAAAGGGAAAUAUCUCGUAUGCAUUCAACAGUUAUUAUCAAGUGCAGAUGCAGAAUUCACAGAGCUGCGAUUUCGAUGGGCUUGGGAUGGUUACUUUCCUGGAUCCGUCGGUAGGUGAAUGUAGGUUUCUGGUCGGUGUAACUGAUAUUACUUCUGCUGCUGUUGGGACAUAUUGGAGAGGGGUCAUGGUUUGGGUUUUGAUUUUGUGGAGUGUCUGGGUGUUUGAAGUGUGAAGUUUCUUACUUGGGGUUUUUGUUGCUCCCCUCUUCUGAAAGUGAAACCGAUAGUCAUAGAAGUCAGGUCGCUAUACUUAGACAUACUCAGGAUUACCCUAGUAUAUGUAGACUCUUCGUAAUUGUCACAGAGAGUGAAGUUAUGUAGUGAGAUGAGAACCAUUGAUUCUUAAAUUAACAUUGGCAUGGUAUAUCUUAUGAUUAUUGCUCGAA